GUGACGUUGUUGGUCAUGCUUGUCGGUAGCGUCAGACGCAACCUGCAAUUUCUGUUGUUUGUUUGUGAUGCGUAGUUCAGUGAUUUUUAGAUGAAUUUUCGUCUCAGAGAUGUGAAUUUGUUACCAGAGUGACUCGAAAAUGACAGAGCGACCGGAAAAAUGCACGGCCGAUCCCAAUUUCGCCGUGAUUUGCUCCUUUCUGGAGAGAUUCGCGCUGCCCUGCGGGAUCUCUCAUCCAAACUUUUUGGAACUUCAAGAAAUGCUAGAAAAUUGUGAAUCUGUUCCACAACCAUUAAUAGACCUCCAUGUCAAAUUACUGCGAAAAGCAAGGAAGUCCGUCUCUGUUGAAAGAUGGGAACGUGCUGUGAUUAAAUUCUGCCACAUGCAUGCUGGUGAAGAAUUUCAACAAGAUGGUUGGGAAAUUGAAAGGCUUGGCUAUAAGAAGUUACGCUUGGAUGGUAAAUUAAGAGUUUUGAAACUGCUAUUAGAACAUCAAUUUGACCUCAAUACCAAGUUUAAGGCUGAAGUUAAUCGACUAUCAUCAUCAGAACUACGACUUCAGCCAUUUGGCCGUGAUAAAGGUGGCCAAAACUAUUGGUUACAACAAGAUGAAUUCUGUAAUUUAAAAGUUUAUAGGGAGGAUGCUGACAACGAAACGUGGCAAGUUGUUGCAAGUGAUCGGGCAUCCCUAGUGCAUCUUAUUGGGCAGUUAUCUGAGGGAAAUCUAGAUUCAGUGUUCAAUUCAGAAGAUAGUAAUAGCCAUGAAGGCCUAGAUACGGGUCAGAGCAGUGAAGGAAAUGGCUCUACAAAACCAGACCAAGAAACCAGUGACAGUGCAGCUACAAAAACAAUUGGAGAUGGUGUUCAAAGUGUUAAAUCUGUUUCUAGUGAAGAAUCAAAACUUAAAGAAGAAUCAAAUUCUGAGGAUAGUGAGCUGUCAGAAACCCAGGAUUCAAAAGAUGUUAAACACUCUGUUCAGCCAGAUUUGAUUAAGAAAUCAGAAGGGAAGGCAGAGAAGAUAGAAGAAUCAGAAACUACUGCUGAUGCAAAAGAAAUGCUCAAAGGUGAAAAAUGUGAAACUAAUGAGACUGAAAAAAGGCUUGCGGAUACUGAUGAUCCUCAAGAGAAAAGGAGGGCUAAGCGAAUCAAACUAGAUGAUGAAGUGUCUUCAGCAAUUGAAGAACCCCCUCUAAUUAUUGCUGGUGAAGGCUCUGGGAAAGAGUGCGAGGGGGAGAAUUUUAUUAAUUUGUAUAAUGACUCAGAAGUAGGUGAAGCCAUAGAAGAACCUGUGAUGUUUAUACUCGGCCAUGGAUCUGGCCAUGAUUGUGAAAUGGGUAAUCCCACAAAUUCUGAAGAAACAGAAAAAUCUGAAACUACCUCUGAUGUAAAUUCUAAAGCUAAACUAAAUGAGCCUGUCUCAAACACUAAUGGAACUAUCGACUCUGUCAACAAGCAACAGGAAACAGAGGAUGAUGAGUUGGAUUUUCUAAAAACUGGGUUCUACUUUGGACCUGGCACCCUAGCAGCAAAAGAUAGAAUACCAAUGGGCUCUCCCGAGGCAAAACCACAGCCCACCUGUCCAGAUACGACUGAAACUACAACUCCUGAAGGACCCUCAGAAGCAAAGUCUGAAGCUGCUAAAGGACGUUCAGAAAAAAAUCCUGAUGCUAAAUCCUCACCUGCUGAAGAAAUUUCAGAAACAAGGCUGGACUCUUCAUCUACCCCAGUAACAAAGCCUGAAUCUGAAUCGGGCACUUCUGAAGAAUCAAGGCCUUUACCUGAAUCUAGCCCUGCUGAAAAACCUUCCGAAGCACAGCCCGAAACUGAAUGCAGUGCAUCGAUAGAAAAACCUUUAGAAACACAGCCUGAAUCGGAAUGUAGUGCUACUGUUGAAGAACCUUCAGUAUCAAAGCCCGAAUGUGAGUCAAUUCCACCUGCUGAGGAGCCCUCUGAAACAAAGCCUGAAUUGGAGAGUAUUCUACCUGUUGAAGAACUUUCUGAAGCAAAGCUUGAAGCUGAAUCUGGUGGACCUGCUGAAGAACCAUCAGAAAUGAAGCUUGACCCUGAAUCUGAACAAAUUCCACUUGCCGAAGAGCCUUUGGAAAUAAAGCCUGAAUCUGAAAGUAGUGCACGUGCUGAAGAACCUUUAGAAUCAAAGCCGGAAUCUGAAAGAAAUGAACCUGUUGAAGAACCUCCAGAAAAUAAUCGUAAAUCUGAUUUAGAUCAAGAUCAAAGUAAUCCAAUUAGUUCAUCCAUUGAAACAAAAGAAGAACUUGUGGCUAAGGAAUCAGUGACAAAAGUAUUGGGGGAAUCAUCUGACAUCCAGGAAAAUAAUUUGGAAAAUUCAAUCAAUAGUUCUGUUGAAAUCCCUUUUAAUAGUCAGGUCACUUUUCCUGUGAACAAGUCUAGUGAAGAAUUGGUCAACAGUGAGGUACUUAAGCCUACUGUUGCUGAGGUACCACCUACUGUUAGUCCUUCUGUUGAAGCACCUGAUUGCAAUACUCUUUCCUCAGAUGAUCCUGUUUCUGUGAAUUCAACUGAUGUGAAAAAUGAUUUGGUCGACCCCCAACUUUUGUCUUCAGAAGGUGCAGUUGAUUUUCCAGUCACUGCAUCUGAUUCAGUUGAAAGAGCAAACAAGCCUCUUGCUGAAGAAAUCCCUAAAGCAUUAGAUUCCAGUGCUUUCCAGCCAAGUGUCAGUGCUGGAAACAACGCUGUAGAAGAAAUAGGGUUGCCACCGCCUUCAUUGCCAGAGCUAGAGCUAGCUGGAGAGAAAGCAGAAAGUUGUUUACUGCCAGAAGAAGCACAAUCCAGCAUUGUAGUGGCAGAACCAGUGGAAGUCAUUAAAAUCUCCCCAAUAGGAACACCAAGCAUACCUUCAGAGGAUCCUAACUUAACUGCUGAAGCUGAUUCAAAAAAGGAGCCUUUGUAUGUUGAAAGUGUUUCCAACUCUGUAAAUGAUGCUUUAGCAAGUGCAGAAGAAACAGGGGGCGCCAUUGCCACAAAAUCAGAAACACUCGAAUUAAUUCCACCCACUGAGGUCAAAGCUGAACCUGAUGAAACCAAGGCUACAGUUAAAUUAGAUGAUACCCCUGUCAACUCUGAAGUAUUGACUGUAGAUAGCCAGGUUAAAGAAGACAAUAGUAUCAAAAUUGGCACUUCCAAAGACGUGCCCGAAUCUCCUGUAACAGUUGCAAGUCAAAUGAUUGCUGAAGAUAACCCACCAGUUGCCUCUGAAAUUUCGGCAUUGGUGGGAGAAACUACCUCAGGGGUCAAAGACCAUUUUGAUACUCCUGAGGCUUCUGGAAAGAUUGCAGAGACUUCCAGUGUACCUGUGCUUGAGUCUAGUUCAGUCUCCACCCCUGCUCCAAUGGACUCAGUAGCACUACAAAAACAGCCACUUGAGGCACCUUCAGUUCCUCCAGUAGCUGUUAGUAAAAUUGAAUCAAUUGUGGAAGCACCUUCAGUAGUACCAGAAGUGCCAUUAAACCAAGUGCAAAAAGAGAGCAUGAGUCCUCCCCCUUUACCUGCCUCUUUAAACACUGCCUCUGCCGGUAAACGCUACUCCAGUGAAGAGAACUUGGAUGAGGAACCCCCUGCCAUCACAACUUUAGAAGACGCAAUGCGCCAAAUGGAGGCUGCUGGUGCUCCUGUUCACCUUGAUGAAUCUGAGGAUGAUAGUGAUGGCCACGAUCCAAUAGAGCCGCCUGAAAUUGUCCAUGAAGAGGAGGAAGAAGAGAAGUCAUUCCUGGUGUUUGAAGGUGCUACUGGAGGCUGGAAGCAGGCUACUCCUCCUGGGCAAAGGGAAGAUGAGAGCCAGAGUGACGUGUUUUCAGAAAUGAAUCAGUUGCAUGGCGAAUCUGAACUUAAUGAAGGGGAUCAAACACAGAAAAAAGAGCGUGCUAGGUUAAUACCUCGGAGAGGCGCAUCCAGCACUAGAGAGAGUGCUGAUGUCGAUCCUUUAGCAUUGCCUGAGGAUGACACUCAGGGAAGAGGUCGAAAGAGGAGAAGCAAUGACGUUGCAGACCCAACUGAAAGUGCGGAGGACGACGACGAGGCCAAGAGAGCCAAAAUGCGCGGGAAGCGAGCCGUGGACCAGGUUCGCACUGCUGCCGAGGAGCGGCGGGCCGCCCUGGGAGAGGCCAGCAGCGAGGAGGCGGAGGAGACUGGCGAGGACGCUGCCGCGGUGGAAGGGGACGAGGAGGGCGACGCGGCGCCUGCCCGUCGUGGAGGUCAGCGUGGCCGCGGACGAGGCCGAGGGCGGGGCCGCGGAUGGCGCGCCCGAGGCCGUGGUCGCUGGGGGGCGGCAGCGCGCUCGGCCUCGGCCACGGCCUCCACCGAGGAGCAGGCAGAGGGCGCGGAGGGCGCCGAGGGGGCGGAGGCUGCCAAGGUGGAGUCCAGCGAGGCUGGAGAGACGCCGGAGAAGAAGAAGAUGACUCCUCGGAAAAGUCGUAUGCUGCUGGAACUUGAAGUGGACAUGGAGACAACCAAGGUUGAUGCUGCAGAGGAAUCUGGACGGGGUGUGCGAACAUCGAGGAGAAUUGCCCAGAUCAGAUUAAAGGAGCAAGCUGAGAGGAGGGACUACGAAGAAGCCGAGCUGUCUCUGAAAGAGCGUGUGAAAAUGGAGAAGGAGGCCAAAAAAGCUGCAAAGCUGGAGAAGAGAAGACUAGAGAAAGAGCAGGCUGGUUCAGAUUCAGAUGAUGGAAAGAAGAAGAAGAAAAAGUACAAGGAAAAGAAACCCAAUUUCAAUCCAGGUACAAAUGUUUGGAACCAAACUUCUUCUGGUUCAAGCUCUGAUUCUGACUCGCCCGAGGAUGAAAUCCAUGAGCCCUCUGAUGAUGAUGCCCCAUACGUCAUGAAAUCAGACCAUGAAUUUUCACCAGAGUCUGAUGUAAAUGAUGAAGAGUACCAACCUACUCGGAGAGCAAGAACAGCUCGCAGAGAUAAAGCUGUUGAAGCGGAAGCUGAACCAGAACCUCAGGACUAUCCCUGCAAGAAAUGUGCCAAAUCUGACCAACCUGAGUGGAUGUUAUUGUGCGACAAGUGUGAUGCUGGUUGGCAUUGCUCAUGUUUACGGCCAGCAUUGCUGCAAAUACCCGAAGGAGACUGGUACUGUCCUCCCUGUCAGCAUACCCGCCUAAUUGCAAGCCUUCAAGAACAUCUACAAUCAUAUGAUCUUGAUUUAAAACGUAUUGCAUCUGAAGAAGCUCGUAAGAAGUAUUUGUCAUUUGUUGAUGUCACUAUUGACAAUAUUCUACCAGAUGAGGUAGUUGAAGUUGUCAAAAAGAAAAAGAAGAAGAAGAAAAUGAGAGAGCGGGUUAGGGGAAAAAGAAGGAGAUGCCAAAUUAUUGAUUCUGACAAGGAAGAUGCUGCUGCAGACAGUGACAGUGAAAAUGAAGUUGACAAUGAUGACAAAAAUGACCCUGAUGUAGAAGCGGACGAAUCUGAAAAUUCUUCAGCCUCUGGGUCAUCGCCGUCGACAGGAACACCGACAUCCUCAUCAAGCUCGUCAUCAUCUUCAGCUUCUGACAAAUCUAGUGAUGAAGAUGGGCCCAUGUAUAAACUUAGGCAAAGAAGACAAACCAAUGUCAACUACCGGUUUAGUGAAUAUGAUGAUUUAAUCAAGUCUGCUAUUCAGGAUGGUCUAGAUGAGGAGACCAAGGCUGCUGCUGCGGCGGAGGAGGUGGCUCCCGCGGAGGCUGAGGUGCUGCCCAUCCCAGAGAAGACUGUGAAAUCUGUGGGCAAGGUUUUGGAGGGUGAGGAUGAGGAGGAAGAGGAGGAAGAGGAAGACUCAGAAGGCGAAAUAAAGAAAAAGCCCCAGAGAAGAGGGAAGUACUUAACAGAUGAAGAAGAAGAUGAUGAAGCGGACAAAAAGGAUAAAGACGAAGAGGAGGAGGAGGAUGAAGAUGAAGAAGAAGAGGAGGGCUAUCUGCCCCCACUUGUUUCAUCUGCCAAAACUGCCAAAGCUUCUAAAGGAGCUAAAGGAAAACGCAAGAAACGUAGUCUUACGGCUUUGGAAUUCAGCUCCACGUCAUCAGAUCCUGAAAGUGAUGAGGACUUUAAGGGUUCAAGUGCUGGUGAGUAUGAAGAGCCAUCAGAAGCUUCAUUUGGAUCUGAGUCUGAUGACUCUAUGGUUUUAAGUCGACGCAAAGGCAGUCGCAAUGUGAGGCGUUCAGGAAGAUAUAGCAACAGAAUGACUCGUGCUGACAGAGACUUCAUUGAUGAUAGUUCAGAGAGUGAGACGGCAAGUGAAGAGGAGGAUGACAGUGACAGUGAUGCCCCUCGACGGAAGAAGAAGAAGAAAAAUGAGAAGAAAAAGAAGAAGAAGCCUCCUCCUAAAAAGAAAGCAGCCCCCAGAGGCAGGCCCAAAGGCAAACCCAAGGCAAAGAGGAAAGCUCGUAAUAGUGAUGAUUCUGACAAAGAAGUUAGAAUCAAAAAACCUAAGGCCAAGGCACAGCCCAAAAGAAGUCAGUCAGGCUCAGACUCUGAUGCACCUGCACCCAGGAGAACAAGGGGCAGGAGGAUGGACUAUAGAGAAGCACUGGCUUCAAGUGAUGAUGAGGGAUCCGGAGGAAAAGAGAAGGGCAAGGGUAAGGGUAAGGAAAUUGGUAAAGGGACCAAGAAAGUGGACGAGGACGUUAAAGAAGUCACCGUCACUAAAGAGAAACCGAGGACGCAUCCGCGCGUGAAGGUGACGCCCCUCCGCAACUUGGGCACUGCCAGUGGCGCCGCGACGCCCGCUGCUGCUGCUGCUGCUCCGGGAGGUGCUGGCGGUGCUGUCGGUGGGGCUGCCGCAGGUGCCGGCGGGCCGGCCGUCGCCCAGCCCACCGUGCCGCAGCCCAGCGUCCUCCAGCCCGCCGUCCCGCAGCCCAGCGUCCUGUCGCAUACGAGCGUGCACACGAGCGUGCUGGUGGCGCCGGGUGGCAUGGCGGGCGCCAGCGUGACCGUGGGCGCCGUCAAAGCGGACGCGGUGCCGGCCGUCACCAUCACCCCCAGCACCAAACCCAUGGCGCCGGGCACGCCGCAGGUCCCCUCGCACAUCAACACCCCCGCGCGCGUGGUGGCGCCGGGCCUGCCGCCCUCCAUCUCGGCCGUGCCCAUCAACCCCGAGACCAAGGUGCCGGUGGGCGCGGGGCAGGCCCCUCGCACCCUCAAGGAGCUGCAGCAGCUGGCCGCGCCCGUCAAGCCGCAGGACGGCGCGCCGUCGGCCAGCCCCGGCGCCCCGGCGGUGGUGUCCGGCCACCCCGUGCCGCACGGCGCCUCCAUGACCGCGGGCCCGCCACCAGGCAUGGUGCAGAUGGCCGGCAUGCCCCACCAGGGGCCGCCCGGGCCCGGAGGCCCCGUCGUGACCCAGGGCGUCGUCAUGCCGCCCACCACGUACCCGUCGUCGGCGUCCGGCCCGCUCAUGGCCAUGCAAGCCCUGGCGGGCGACGCGCCGUACCCGUACUCGCAGCAGUACUACCACCAGGCGCCGCCCGCGCCCCCGCAGGGCCCGCCCCACCAGCCCCACCAGCCGGCGCAGCACGCCCCGCCGCCGCACGCGCCCUACCUGCCCACCCAGCACCACCCGGGGCUGGCGCCGCCGCCGCACCACGCGGGCCACCAUCCACUACACCCGCACCACCCGCACCACGGGCAGCAUCACCCCGCGCAGCACCACGCGCAGCAUCACCACGCGGCGCCGCCGCACCACCUGCUGCACCACGUGGGCGGGCCGCACCUGUCGCCCCACCACCCCCACCUGCCCCCGCAGAUGCACCCCCACCACCCGCACCUGCCGUACGGGCCGCCGCCCACGCAGACGCUAGCGCAGCUGCCCCCGCAGGUGCCGUCGCCUGGCAGCUCGGCGGCCCCCGUGCCCCAGCAGCCCCCCGGGGCCCCCAAGUACGAGGAGGAGGGCCGUAGCGAGUUCGGGGGCCUGGUGUCGUACUUCUCGAGCCAACAUGACGACAUGGAGUAGACGUGGAAUGGAUGGGUGGAGCCUUGUCACAUAUAUACAUACUGUAUUUAUAUUUAAUGUUAUAAAUAGUCGUUAUAAAUAUGAUGUAUAGAUAAAUUGAUACAAAUAUAUAUAUACAUAAAGAGAGAUUUAUAUAUGAGUGGAAGGGAUGCGUGUGUAAAUAGGAAUGAGUGAUCAGUUUCUACUGGAUGUAAAUUUUAUUUAAUUAAUUGAAUAUCAUGUGCUAGGGCUUCUCAUGUGUGAUUGCAUGUGUACCUAUCUGUAGAAAACGAAAUAGCUUGACUGCUACUUUUUAAGGAAUUGUAACUGCUAGAUCUUAUUGCUUCUGAAAGGUACCAAUCCUAUCUUUCCCCCCUUUUUUUACCAAUCACUGACACGAUCUCUGAGAUCGACAGAAAUCAAUAGCCUCAAUUUGAACGAAACCGACUACUUAAUCAUUGUGGUGAUUAUGUGUACAUUGUACGAGGAGCAGCCAUGUGAACUGUGAGAACAGACGAUUAAACCAAUUGCAUCACACUGAAACUAAA